UGGUCGCGUCGUUUCUCGGCGUAGUGUUGCUCCGACGCUGCUUCCGUGAACAUUAUCAUAUCUGGCUACUGUAAAAAAUAAGGGCAUUAAGACUCAUAAAUAAUCCGUGGUUUCAAACAAAAUUACCUUGUUCGUUGAACGUAUAAAUCAGAUUAUAAAAAUACAGAUGUAUGAUGAAUUCGACAAAACGUUGAGCAUGGAAAUUGGCUAUGAUAAUGCAAUUCGAGGUUUUAUGAGCAACAUAUUUUCACAGUAAUUUUGGAAUAUUCCAAAGCGAUAAGAACAUGACGCGCAAAACAUUAUUGAAUGACAAUAGGAAAUCUGGAGGAAGGUCGUUUGACGACAACUACUCUUCGAACGAAGAAUCGGUUCGAAAAACUUCCAGUUGGACGGAAACAAACGAGAAGAUCAGCAAUAAAUAUUCAGAGUCAAAGUUCAAUGACGACUUGGAGGGCAUUCAUCAUGAAGAGUCGAUCAGUUGCGAAAGCUCCACGCCUCCAGCCGAUGAGGCAAUGAAGGUCAAUAUUCUUUACCGAGGAAUGGUAUAUAGAAUCAAGGGCAUUAAAGUGAUUUGUUCUGUUGUCGCUGGCAUUAUUAUUCUUUUAGCGGCCAUGUUACUUCUAGGUUUAUGGAUCGUUGUGGGGUCCAAAGAAAAUGGGGAAAUAAACUGGCCUUGGAGUCCUGAAGCGCACGACAUGGAGUUGCCAUUGAACAAAACCAUAGAGGACACGACAGUUAUUUUUCCUUUUAUGAAAACCGUUCAACUUGCAUCCAUUGACGGGCAUACUCAAUCAAAUGUAGAAAAAUUAGAAAAAAACAGCAAAAAUCCUGUCUUGAAUACUUCAGAAGAGGUUGAAGAAGCUCUUGGCCAUUUCAAAGCUGUCCAUCCGCCACCAAAAUCGAAUGAACACGAGGCGGCAAAAGCGACCCCUUCUGACGAUCUCUAUGUUGAAUAUGAUUAUUACUAUGUAAUUGACCCAGCGGUAGAAUACAGCGUCAAGCAUGAGACACUAGUGAAGGCUCCACCAGGGUUCACCGAAGAGUCUAAAGUUCAUCCAGAGCCCGCAGUAUCGCAGGAAGAACGCUCAAAGAUCAUUAUAGCCAAACGGCCUGAACUGUUGAGCAACGAUUCUUUAAAGUCAUCUGAAGAAGGUUUGGUCAUAGAAAAAAUUCCUCCUCGCAGUAGUCCUGUUUUUGACAAUCAUGAAUCUUCCAACGGAGAAAUAAAAUCUGAAUCGGUUGUAUCUAAUGAAUUUGAUGAUAUUGAUGACGAUAAUGAGCCGUUGAAGCGAUUUGAAUUUAAACCAUCUUUCGAAAUCAGGCCAGCCUCUGAAAAAAUAGAGUCCGAUUUGUCUAGAUCGCGACCUGUUGAAGACAUCUCAAUAAUCGAUCGAUCUCCUCAUGAUCACUCAGCUUCACUUAAAGAAUAUACAGAAUAUGGUAGUUUUUAUUCUGAUGAUGAUACAACAAUUACAAAAACAAGUUUAGAUGACAUCGCAAAGGACGAAAGUAACUUAAAUUUUGAAUCCGACGCAACCGUCGGCAGAAUCCAAGAAUAUCGAAAGCCUACUAACCCAGUCGAAGCUUUCUUCUUUGAAGCUCAACCCGACUCCCAAGAUGAACCUGAUCCCCACAGAGAAGUAUUCAAGAGCAGGUACGACGCUUCUCAAGUAAUUCUGGAUGACAACGAUGGGAGAGACCCAGGCUACACUAGAUACUUUGGCGAUGAAUCUCAUUCUGAUGUUUUUGCAAGACGCUUUGGCCAAAGCAGAUCAAAUGAACAACAAAGAAGACAAAUAUUUGGAUCAGAGUUAUUACCAGCAUCGAGUGAUGUUCGAGUAUCGGUACCUGGUACAGUUCACCCAAUCCCUUAUGUUCGGAGGUCGCAUAUUAGUGCAGGAGUCAGGCCACGAAUUGCCCACGAUGAUCCGCAUAGUUUUUCUGCUAGAAGAGGACAUGGUCCCCUGUUCCAGUCCCGCGAAUCACAAAUACAUAAUUUACCUCAUCCGUUAUCGGUACAAAACUCACGAAUUCCUUCGAAUCAAGAAGGUAUUCCGAAACCUACAGCUUUCCAUAUCUUGAGUGGCCCCGUCCAGCGGCGAUAUGGCCCUAAUACCGAAAGCUCGCAGUCUAAAUCAAAUGGUAUUGUGGGUACACUUCGGAGGAUGUACGAAGUCGCUUCAUCACUCGUACCCUUUUCAAAAUCAUCAAGGUCGGGAGAGGAGGAGAAUACCGCGUCGGGCUCAAGGUUCUGACUGACAAGGAGGGCCGCGAGACCGACACCGUGUCCAGCGUCUGGCGAGCCCUCACUGACUGGGAGCC